GAUUAUACAAAUAAUAUGUUAUAUAAUCAUGAACGAGAAGCAACUCCAAGUUUUGAUGAUCAAGGGAAAUCUUUACAAAAUAUUGAUACGAUUUUAGACAAUUUUAAGAAUGAAAUACUCCAAGAGGUCAGACAAGAAGUCACGCAAACUUUAAGAAAAGAUGCAUCACAAAAUGGUAAAUAA